AUGGAUGAAAAUGCUGAAAUAAUAUUGAAGACGAUAUGCUGUACGUGCUUAAGUGUGAACAGAAAGUUGAACCAGCUUUGUAGAAUCGAUAACGGUGUUAAUAAUUUGUUUUUUCUUUUAUCACAUGAUUCAGAAGCUUACGAUGUAAUGUUCUAUCAAAAUCCAACACAUCUUUUUGUAUGUUGGGAAUGUAAAUCGAAGAUGCAUAGAUUGUGUGCAUUUAGAGAACAGACUUGUAAAGCUCAGAAACAAUUAUCUGAUUUAAUCGAUGGAAAAAUUGAUAGUGUAUAUAAAAUAAAAACUCUAUCACAAUUAACAUAUAAGUACCAAAAUAUAUAUGAUCAAGAACUAACAGCUAAUGAUGAAACUUUAACAGAUUUUAUAGACUGUGGACCAAAUUUAGAUGACGUAAAGUCUGAAAGCGAUUCAGAUACUCCAUCAUGUGACUUACAAAAUGAAAAAAUAGAUGAACAAACUAAUUCUGUUGUCGAUGAAAUAAAAAAAAGUGGUCAAUUAGUGGAUGAUGAAAACAUAGAAGCAGAUAAAUUAAACAAUCUUGACAGUCCAUACUUAAAAUUAAAAGAAAAAAAGAUAACAUUUAAAAACAGCACAGAUACAAAAUAUUUAGCUGUUCAACUGUCAAAAGAGGAGAUAAAUGAAAUGUUAGAGAGGGAAAGAGAAGAUAAAAGUGAAAGGACUCUGCAAAGAAAGCAAGAGAAGGACUACAAUGGUUUGAUAUUCAAAUGUAAAUUUUGUGCAUUAGCAUUUAAAGAUCAUAAUGAAAUGGAAAUUCAUUGUUUACAACAUACAGAGGUUGAAGACCAACGAAAAACGAAAGAAAUAAAAAGUUCAAGAAAAAAAAAAGAUAUAACUACAGAUAAAACAUAUUUAUGCACGGAAUGUAAUAAGUGUUUUGUAAAUAGAACCCAAAGGCUAAGACAUAUGAUGAAAUUCCACCACGCAGGAUAUCCCUGCGCUGUUUGUGGUAAAACUUUCACUUCUAAAAAUCAUAUGGUUCGUCAUGAAACAAUCCAUUUCGGUCCGUUCCGUCGAGAAAAAUGUCCGAUCUGUGGUAGGAUGAUCAGAUGUGACCUAACCAAAGCCCAUGCUCGUAUACAUCAAGAGAGAAAGAAAAUUAAAUGUAUACAAUGCAAUAAAUAUUUCGUUUCGGAGAGAUCAUAUCAGAACCAUCUAAAAUAUACAUCGAAUCACGCUCUACAUUAUCGGGAAUAUGUACUGAAAUACAAAUGCUCGACAUGCCAAAAAGGUUAUAGAACUAAAACAGAACUACGGGAUCAUAUAAAUUAUAAUCAUAUGGGAAAAACUCAACACAAAUGUCCCAUAUGUGAUAAGGCAAUAGCUACUCGUCGGGGCGUCGGUCGUCAUGUUAAAAGAGUUCAUCAAGAUAUUAAAGAGAAUGCAAGAGAUGUAAUAUGUCAAACUUGUGGGAAAGCAUUCCGGCACACAAAAUCUCUUGAGGAACAUGAAAGAAUACACACAGGCGAGAGACCACUGUCCUGUACGAUAUGUGGACGAACAUUCAGACAGAGGGCAUCGCUAUAUACGCACAAUCGAAGAGUUCACAAGAUGCCCCUCAAACAACGUGUGAUAGAAUACACUGAUAGUGAUAGUGGACAAAAAUCGAUAAAAUAUAUAAAACUUUUAUUGUGCGAUAGAAUGUCUAAUGGAAGAGUUCUUUCAAAUGGUUACCCGGUAAACCAACAAGGUGUAGAAAUGAAUAUUUCCGAAGAGAUGGUCAAGCCAGAAUCGUCAAUAACAGAAAUACUCUCAUAUUUUAACUCAAUUUUGUUAGAAGGAUGGUGUUAUUACGUUACCAAGGCAGAGCUGAUAUUCAAACACAUAAAUAUGUUAACUAGAAAAGAGGAUAUAUGUUUUUCUCUCGAUAAUAAUUUUUCAGUAAAGGUAUCUUUCUCUCAGAGGCCAGAAAUGUCUGUAAAUGAUACUCUCACUUCUGUAUAUGAUAUUAAAAAUUAUAUGGAAACCUUACAAGCAACUAUUUUAUGCGAAGGAACAGGUAUAUAUUAUCGAUCAUACGCACCAAAAUGCACAGGACAGGUGUCUAGUAAACGUUCACGUCAAAUUCCACGUUGUAUGUGGUGUAGAACUCUUCGUAAGAGACUUCUAGUAAGAAAAUUUACUGACGCUACUAAAAUUACAAUACAAAAUGCAAGAGAGGCUGUCGAAAAAUAUAAGAAACAAUAUAAGAGACUUGUUCUCAAGAAGCGAAUUUUAGAUCAAGAGUUAAUAACAGCAAAAGAGAAUGCGCAAAGAUCAGAAGAACUCAUGAGAAAUGUUAUAUCUGAACUACCUGACACUAAAAAACUGUCCAUUUUGGAAUAUUUGAACGGAUCAAAACUAGAAAAUCAUGGCAUAAGCCAUAACUACUUAGUAGAACACUUUAGGGAACAAGAUCUAUCAAAAUUAGCGAACCUUCAUCAAAAUGAGUAUGGACAUAUUUAUAAAGAAGAAGUUGUAGAUAAUUUCAUCGAUUGUGGAUCAGAAAUUGUAAUAAAGAAUGAAAUUAAUAUGGAUGUGUCUUCAGAUGUAAUAGAAAAUAAUAUGUCGCCAAUAGAAAAAUCAUUAAAUAAACCAAUUUUAGAAAUACAACCAUUGACGUUGAAAAGUGUUGCCAUAUCUGUGUUGAAAAAUAGGAAAUUAGAUAGUGACACAGAUAAAAAAUAUUAUUCAAUAAUUCAACUGUCAGACGAAGAAAUGUAUGAGAGAAUUGAAAAAUUAAAAAAUGAGGAGAACUUUUUGAAAGCUUCAUACAAAUGUGAAUCUUGUGUGCUAGUUUUUAAAGAUGAAAAGGAAUUGGGAACGCAUAAUACUGAUUUACAUUUGCAGAAACCGCGUCACAUGCAAUGCACAAUAUGCAAUAAGUUCAUAUUGUACUGGCGUCUGAACACCCACGAGGCCGCCCACAGGCAGGUGUACGGGUGCGCGACGUGCGGCGCGGUGUCGUGCGCCUCCGGCAUGCUGGAGCACCUGCGCGGGCACGCCGUGCCGUUCAAUGAUUUGAUUAAUCUCAGAAAAACAGUAAUGCUUCUCAAUCCAUCUUUAAAAUCUAAAAAGAAAAAAAUGGAUGGUAAAAAAGAGUAUGGAUAUAAGUGUUCGGAAUGCAACAAGUGUUUUGAAAAACAAUAUCUAAGAUAUAAACACGUGUUGAAGUGUCACAGAGAAGGAUUCAAAUGUGAAACGUGUGGGAAGACGUUUACUUAUAAAAACACUUUAAAUAAACAUAUACUAGUCCACGAACUCCUACUACCAAGAGAAGAAUGUCCAAUUUGCAACAAAUUGGUCAGGUCAGAUCGUCUUAAUGCCCAUGCAAAGAUACACUCGGACAGACAGCAGUUUUACUGCAACACCUGCGACAAGACGUUCGUAUCGUUGGAUUCGUUUGAAAAGCAUUUGAAGAAUUCUAAAACGCACGCCCUUCAUGAUGUUUUGAAAUACAAAUGCACUCUCUGCUCUAAAGGAUUUCGCACGUUGACUGCCUUAAAGGAUCACAUAAAUUAUUAUCAUAUGGGCAAGACGGACUACAAGUGUCCUAUUUGUAAUAAGGCUCUAUCGACGCGUCGCGGCGUUACUCGACAUGUAAGAAGAACUCAUCAAGGUCUAAAAGAGAAGAUUGGGGAUAAGAUACUGUGUCAAAUUUGUGGGAAGACGUUCAGAGAUAAGAAAUGCCUGGUCGAACACGAGUUGAUCCACACAGGAGAGAAACCGCUCUCGUGCGACAUCUGUUCUAGAACUUUCCGUCAGAGUGCAUGUCUCUAUACACACCGUCGUCGCGUACACAAUAUGCCCGCCCGCAGGAUUGUACAUACUGGUGAUGAUGUACAUCCGAGCGAUGGCCAAAACGGACAGUCUCAC